AUGUAUGUAAGUCUUUUGUUCGCCUUCGUGGCGGUUGGAUGUGGUAACUACGCAUACUUUGGUCGUGGGGACUGCGUACGCGUUAUCUCUGUUUUUCUUUUACUUUCGUAAUCGUGAAUGUCUGGCGUAGGAGGUAGAAUGUAACAGCUCUGGUCAGAGCCAUUUAUUGAACCAGAACCAGAACCAAAUAUUACAUUAUUCAACACGAAGGUGACGGAAGAAACGAAAGUAAAAGAACGAGAAUCACGAAUAAGCCGGAAAUAGUAAAGAGCAGCGUACGAAUAACAUUAUAUGCUUGCUAGAUACGAAUUUUAAAUCGCAAAGUGCUUACAAUGGCAGGUGAAAGUUCAUUGAUUUUAACUACUGUGACGAAUAAAAUUCAAAAAGUGGUGAUCAACAGGCCCACCAAGAAGAACGCAAUUUCACUAUCGAUGUACAAGGAAUUAACAGCACUUUUAAAUAAUUCUGCUAAAAAUAGAGAGGUAUUGAUCUUUGUACUGACAGCAACUGGAAAUUUCUUUAGCAGCGGCACUGAUAUAAAUAUAUCAGAAUUUUCUCCUACUCUUGCAGAGGAUACAAAUGUGGCAUAUAAAGAAUUUGUUGAUGCUCUGAUUAUGUAUCCAAAACUCUUAGUAGCCAUUGUAAAUGGACCAGCAAUAGGAAUAGCUUGCACAAUAUUAGGCUUGUUUGACAUGGUUUAUGCUUCAGAUAAGGCAUAUUUUCAAACACCAUUUAGUUCCUUGGGGCUUGUUGCUGAAGGAUGUUCUACAUAUACAUUCCCAAGACUAUUAGGACUUUCCAAGGCUGGAGAUAUGUUAUAUAUGGGCUACCAAAUGAGUGCUCAUGAAGCUAAACAAUAUGGAUUAGUUAGCAAAGUGUACAAUCAUGACAUACUUGAAGAAGUGUGGAAUUACUUGAACAAAAUUUCUGAACUCUCUUCAGAGUCAAUAUUGGCGACUAAAUAUUUGAUAACCAAAUGGAAUAGAGAAAUUUUAUUAGAAGUUAAUGCAGAAGAAGCAAAAGAAUUGAAAAAACGAUGGGAGUCUCCCGACUUAUUUGAAAGAAUUCUUAAAUUUUUAAUGCACAAAAGCAAGAUUUAAUAUAAGAAUAUUUUUAGAUAUAUCUUUUCUGGAUGAAUUAGAAUGAAUAUUGGAUGAAAGAAAUUCGAUAAAGGUUGCAUGAAAAGUUCGCGGAAUGAA